AUGGCUUUACUUCUGAGAUUACUUUUAAUAAUCACAUCAUUAGUGAUUAUGAUUACUACAUCAGGAGCAAAAAUGACUGAUUCAUCAAGAGUUUUCACCAUAAUAAACAAUUGCACAGAAACAAUUUGGCCCGGAAUUUUUCCUGGUGAGAACUUCGGUGGAGGUGGAUUUGAAUUAAAAUCAGGCCAAUCUAUUGUUUUCACCGCCCCGGUUGGAUGGUCUGGUCGGAUAUGGGGUCGAACCAAUUGCAAUUUCGACGAAAAUGGUAAUGGUACUUGCCAAACUGGUAGCUGUGGUACCACCCUCAAGUGUAAAGCCCCAGGCAAACCACCAGCCUCACUUGCUGAAUUUACACUUGCAUUGCCCGAUUUUUACGAUGUUAGCCUUGCCGAUGGAUUCAAUUUACCAGUAACUGUUACACCGAUUAAUGGUACGGGGAACUGCAGCAUUGCAUACGAUGAUCCUAGCAGUACUAUUUUUACGUGCUCGGCGUCAAACUACAUCAUCACUUACUGUUCAUCAAGGAAGCAAUUACCAGAACAAAAAAUAUCACAGGAAACACUUACCACUACUUACAUUCACAAGAAGAAAAAGGUAUGCAAGUGUCAGAAUAGUAAUCUCAUCUGCACUAAGAAGCACUUAUCAGAAGAUUCAGAACAAAAAAUAUCACAGGAAGGGAUUACCACUUACAAUCACAAGAAGAAAAAGGUUUGCAAGUGUUAUGGUAAUAAUCUCAUCUGCAGUGGUAAAUCAGAAGGUUCUAAAUCAUUUGCUGGAAGAUGGUGGACCAUAAUUUUCUCAUUUAUGGUGAUAAUUAAUCUGUAG